AUGUUUGUCUACAUGAUGGCACAUCCCGACUUGUUUUUAACGGACCUUCUUCGUACAUUUUGGCAAGCUGUUGCAGCAAUAGCAAUAUUCACCCAGCAGCAAGCACCUAGACUGAUGUCGUAUAUAGUAUCAGCAACCCCAUCACAGAUUCUUGUGCUUCUUUCAGGAUGUCUAGCUAUCUACUUUGUCCUAUAUGUGACUGCAACAUUGAUGCAAGGAAUUUUGAAAACAGUAGUGCUUCUGGUCAAGACUGUAGUGUUUUGCUGUGUGCUGGUAUUGGCUUUUUAUGUUCUACAAGCUUAUGUGCUGGCUAGAUCUGGCGGUAGUCUCGGAUCUCCGUUUGUAGGUCUUGCAGGAUUAAUAGGACAGACUGGAUCUGCAGAACUGUGA